AUGUCCUCCGGGCGCAAGAUUGGCAAAAGAGCUUGUGACGCGUGCAAGAUCCGCAAAAUCAAAUGCACAGAGGUCCCGCCGUGUGAUGGCUGCGUCGCCAUCGGGACAUCAUGCACCUUCAACAAGGUCCCCGCCACUAGGGGCCCACGGAACUUGAGGGCGAAGACCAUACGCCAGAUUGCCCAGGCCCAGAAGGAGACUGCUGCUGUUGCUGUUGCCGCGGGCGCCGCCGCUGGUACUGCGUCCUCCGUCUCACCGACCGGUGACGGGGCAGCCGCUUCGACCCCGGCCGUUGCUGCCGCCGCGCCUUCGGGGGCGCCGUCCUCCUCCCGUUCCCCCUCAUCCUCUGAGGCAGGAUCAUAUGAAGGCACGGGAAGCGCAGCCAGUGGGCAACGGGUCAUCAGGCAGGAGAAUUCCCUGCAGUCGCAGAGGACCCCGAGCGCAUCACUGGUCUUGAGGCUAUGUAUCUAUCGCCUGCGUCUCUUCCCCGUGUGGCCUAUCAUUGCAGUAGAGGAGAUCAUGGCCUCGUUAUCCCGCGAUGCAGACGAUCUUGAAUCAUACGUCUUGGCCAAUGCCGUUGGAGCAGCCACCAUUGCUCAGCUCAAGCUGGCUACGACAGAUAAUGACGACCCGGCAACGGCAGGCUCAAUGGAGGCCGAGUGUCAGAGAUCGAGGAUGGUGCUCCAGGAACGCGAGAGCGGCCCGCCCAUGAACCUCAACUGGCUGAGGACGUCCUUCUUUCUCCACGUCUACCACGAGAAUCAGCAGCCUGGAGGGGCCAAGUCGCUUCUCUAUCUUCGAGAGGCCAUCACUAUUGCUCAAAUUAUGGGACUGCACAAGGAAUCAUCGUACAUGGCUCUGCCCUUGGCAGAACAGCAGAUGCGGAGGAGAACACUGUGGCUAUUGUUUGUCACGGAGAGAGGUGUGGCCAUGCUUCACAAGCUUCCCGUGGCGUUGAAGUCUAAUACCCGUUUUCCGUCACUGGACGGUUCGGGGGUCGGCGAGGACGAGGGCCACAUUCUGCCUGCAUUCAAGAAAUUGGCCGAUCUCUUUUGGAUUUUUGAUCAAAGCGGCGCCUUUGAUAUCCUCCAAAACUCGGAUGACGAAGACGCCCUGUGUUCCAUGGCGGACGGCCUCCAAACAGCCAGUAGAGCAUGUCUCGAUGUUGUGCAGCAGAAGCUCCAGCAGAUACCCCUGGACUCUGACGCCAGCAACGAUGUCCAGCGAGCCGACAUUGUUGUGACUCGUCAGUGGAUGCAAGCUGUGCUGUGGAAAGUCACCAUGAAUCACGGCCGCGCCUGGUCUUCCAACCACAAUCAUCCCGUCACUUCGCUAUCGCACCCCAUUCAGAUCGCCAAGGAGUUUCUCCAGUUGAUCUCACAACUUCCGAGUACGGCCAUUGAAGCCCACGGCCCUGGAAUUGAGUUCAAAAUUUACGAGAUUGCCAGCGCAGUGACGGACGCCGUUGCGAAUAAUUUCCGUCUACCUCGCGCCUCUACAGACGGCCCUAGAGACAUCCUCCUCCAGCUGCAAAGAGUCCUCGCCUCCUGUCGCGGUGGCAACAAGGCUCUCUUAGAGAUGCUCUGUGCCCGCAUAGCAGAAGUCCAGGAAGGCCCGCUGUUGAUAAUGAACAGAAGCCCGACGUCCAGGGUCCUUGAGGUUGACGAUGAUCAAUGGCGGGACGAGAGGAAUGCCGCAGCCAACGGCCAGCCAUAUAUGUACACGACCAUCAACUGCGUGCCUCACUCGAAUCAAACCUACGUCCAGUCACAAUCAAGCUUCAUACCAAUGUUUGACAAAGAUGGUCCUGCUGCGCAGGGCGUGGCCGAUGGCAACACAGCUUCAACAUCACCUCAGCGACAGGGCGUCGGCAGACCCGUCUGGGAACAAUCCCAGCAGAUGGGCCCUGGCACUCACGAUUUGAUCGAUCAGCUGCAGCACUUUGACGGUUCUUUCAACACCGUCGAGUCCAACGGCACGCUUGACAUGCUCUUUGCCAACGGGGCCUUGUGGGACAACGUCGCGAAUGAUGACUGGAUGGUCUCGGUGCAGAGUAAUCCGGGCUUGUUCCACAGCCCUACACAAUCUUUGCAGAGGACAUAUGAGUAG